AUGAAACUAUGCAGUGUUCUUUCCUCCGUCACGGCGUGCUUGAUCGCUGGCGUGGCUGCCGACUUCCAAAUCUACUAUGAACAACAGCUUAUUGUGAGCCCAACUGGAGAUGAGAACACCAUCUCGAACAUCCGCGUCUUCGAUGGACCGCCUUCUUGCGAUGAUGUGAACCUCAACUAUGCUUCACUUUCCAUUGUAGGGGACGCGUCGAGCGCAGGAUAUGCGCGUUGCGACGGCUGUGGUGACUACGCCGACGUCGCUACUUGGGACAUUUCCGAAUUGGAGAUGAAUGCUGCCAAUGACUGGGGGCAUUAUACUAUCUAUGAAAACGCGGGCUACCAACUGACGCCCGCGGACGGAGGGCCGCUUCAAGGCUCCUGCACUCGCGACAACGGAAAUACCUAUGAUUGCACCACCGGAUUGGACAACACCCAUGGCACGAGACUCUUCGUAUGCUCGUCUCCCAAGGGCGGCAUUCAUGCUAAAUAA